ACUUUAAAUGGGUCCUAUUUGGGUCUCAAAAAACCCGCCUUCUUCAAAAAUUCCUUCUACCGAUACUGGAUAGAGUGUUAAACCCUAGACCCUAGCUAGCUAGCUUACUAACUCCACCUUCUUUCAUGGCUGUCGACUGCUCUACAGGAGACGAACCCGCAAAAUCUCAUCGCCUCAGUGGCUCGAACCACAAUCAAUUCUUAGUGUGGAGGGAAUUCUUAUGGGGUGCAAUUGCGGGCGCUUUCGGCGAAGGAAUGAUGCAUCCUGUUGAUACCAUCAAGACACGCAUGCAAAGCCAAGCCUUUUUCAGUGGAUCCAAGAAUCAGAAUAGUGCACUACAAUUGGUUCGAGCUGUUUGGGCUACGGAUGGUUUGGCUGGCUUUUACAGAGGAAUAGCACCAGGAAUAAUGGGAUCUCUUGCUACUGGAGCUACUUAUUUUGGAGUCAUAGAAUCCACCAAGAAAUGGAUGGAAGAAUCACAUCCUAGCCUUGGUGGUCACUGGGCACAUUUCAUUUCUGGAGCAUUAGGAGAUACACUUGGAUCCUUCAUAUACGUUCCUUGCGAAGUGAUGAAGCAGCGCAUGCAGGUCCAAGGCUCCAAGAAGUACUGGACAUCUGUUGUGGUGAAGGAAGGUUCUCGAGCGAAACAUGGCAUGCACAUGUAUGGCUACUAUUCUGGAAUGUUUCAGGCUGGAUGUUCGAUAUGGAAGGAACAAGGGCUAAAAGGACUAUAUGCAGGAUACUGGUCCACGCUUGCAAGAGAUGUUCCAUUUGCUGGCCUUAUGGUUACAUUCUAUGAAGCUUUCAAGAACAUGACGCAGUAUGGAAAACACAAAUUAUUUCCUAAUGCAAAUCUCCAUAUCAAUAGUUCUUUUGAGGGGCUUUUAUUAGGAGGAUUAGCUGGUGGUUUGAGUGCAUAUCUCACUACUCCUCUGGAUGUUGUCAAAACCAGACUGCAAGUACAAGGGAUAGCCACUAGGUAUAAUGGAUCGUUGGAUGCUCUUUAUAAGAUAUGGUUGGCUGAAGGAGUAAGGGGAAUGUUCAGAGGUAGUAUUCCCAGAAUUACGUGGUAUAUCCCAGCUUCAGCUCUCACUUUCAUGGCUGUAGAAUUUCUCAGAGAUCAUCAUAAAGUGACUAGCAUAUCAUUAGACAAAAAGGAGUCAUCUUCCUUGCAAGAGAUUGCCUGAAGAAUAGGAUGCAAUGACAUGUAUUUUCUGGUUGCUCCGUUUCUGUUAGGGCCACUGACAUAUAGUAUAACAUACAACGGAUUAACUGAUUUUACCAUGCAUACUGUAUUCUGUAUGAAAGUGUUAGAAAUAGAUAUAAAUUUGAACGUGCAUAUGUGAUAAAUCAUCGGCAGUGGUCUGCUGCUUUGGCAUACUGAAAUGGGAGUUUGAGGUCAUGUAUGAGGUUGAAACUUAAGUGGGAUAACCGAUUAUGUAUCAUGUCAAACCCUCACAACUGCAUUUCAUCAAUGCAAUAAGUAUUAGUGUAUUACCAACGUUUGAUA